GCCUCCGCCGCUCCCUCCGCAGGCGCCGCCGGCGACCACUCCGUCGAGCGAAUCCUCCGCAGGCGCCGGCCACCAUGUACCGAGCCGCCUCCGGCCUCGGCGCCCUCAAGCAGCGUGGGGCGGAUGCUCAGAUGUUGAAUAUUGCAAUUAGGUCUGCUAGCACAAGUGUUGCACAGCGUUCAUCCGGUGGCUUCCUAAGCUGGCUCACAGGCGCACCUUCAAGUGCAUUGCUCCCACCUGACUUUGCACUCCCAGGAGUCACCAUUCCUGAUCCGCUACCCGACCUUGUGAAGCCUUCUGAGACAAAAAUCACAGCACUUUCAAAUGGUGUCAAAAUUGCAUCUGAGACAUCUCCGGGAUCAUCAUGUUCCGUUGGAGUUUAUGUCAACAGCGGGUCUGUCUAUGAAGCACCUGAAACACUUGGUGCUACUCAGCUCUUGAAGAAACUGGCCUUUGCAACCACUAGAAACAGGAGCCAGUUGCGUGUUGUGCGUGAAAUCUGUGCUAUAGGUGGUAAUGCCAAAGCAUCAGCUAACCGUGAGCUCACGAGCUACAGCUAUGGAGCUCUGAAGACUUACAUGCCUGAAAUGGUUGAAGUUCUUGUUGAUUGUGUUCGGAAUCCUGCUUUGCUUGACUGGGAAGUAAAGGAAGAGAUAACAAAACUGAAGGCAGAGCUUGCACAAGCUUCAACUAACCCAGAAAGUUUCCUCUUGGACGCCCUUCAUUCGGCUGGCUAUUCUGGGGCUUUGGCAAACCCAUUGAUUGCCUCAGAAGCUUCCAUUAGCAGAUUAAAUACAGAUGUUCUGGAAGAGUUCCUAGCUGAGAACUACACCUCCCCUCGAAUUGUCCUAGCUGCAUCUGGUGUCGACCAUGAUGAACUUGUAUCAAUUGCUGAACCUCUCCUCUCUGACAUUCCCAAUGCAACUGGAACAGUAAAGCCAAAGUCUGUCUACGUUGGUGGAGAAUAUAGACGUGCAGCAGAUUCAUCCAACACAGAUAUUGCUCUGGCUUUUGAGCUCCCUGGUGGAUGGUUGAAAGAAAAAGAUUAUGUUACUGCAUCAGUUCUCCAGACACUUUUGGGUGGUGGUGGUUUGUUUUCUUGGGGAAGACCUGGAAAAGGCUUGCAUUCACGCCUAAAUCAUCUUGUAAAUGAAUUUGACCAAAUCAAAUCAAUCUCUGCUUUCAAGGAUGUUCACAGUACCACUGGCAUUUUUGGAAUUCAUACAUCAACUGCUGCAGCAUUUGCUCCUAAAGCUAUUGACUUAGCAGCCCGAGAACUCACUUCCCUUGCGACUCCUGGUCAAGUUGACCAGACCCAGCUAGAUCGUGCUAAAGCAGCAGCUAAAUCUGCAAUCUUGGCAAGCCUGGAAUCAAAGGCAUCAGCAACCGAAGAUAUGGGGCGCCAAGUUUUGGCAUUCGGUGAAAGGAAACCUGUGGAGAACCUUCUGAAGAUUGUUGAUGGUGUCACUCUGAAAGAUGUAUCAACUCUCGCUGAGAAAAUCAUCUCAUCUCCCUUGACAAUGGCGUCCCAUGGAAACGUUCUCAAUGUACCAGCUUACGAGACCGUGCGUGGCAAGUUCAGCUCGAAAUGAGUAGGCUUCCGGACAAGUUAACUGUUGAUAUUUUUUCUGCCCAAGAUCAUUUCUGGUCACAUUUUCACAGAAAAUAAGGAACAUACAAUUUUGAUCAUUAACUCCUACUGCGGGCCACUUCGGGGUCUUAUUUUUCUGCAGAGCAUGUAUCCACCUGAGUUGGUGGUGUAAUGUCGUUCUCAUGAGUUAUGCGAUUGUAAAUUUAGUCAAAUCAUGCAUGGGUCCUCUUUCGGCGGCAGUCUGGAAGAGUGUACAAAAUGUUCCUUCACUUUUUUUUUGAUAAAUGGUUGAAACUAGGCGUCAAAAUGAAUAAACAUUCUGCCUCUGUUCUGGA